UCUGCUUCUGCCUCUGCCUUCUGCCCACACACACAACCUGACACCAACAAGUGAGCCGCGAGAGUGCGAGACAACUAGACGCAUCGAAUCGAAGUAGCAAGCGCAGUUACAUUUUAUUUGAGUAGUAGCAGGAUGGCGCUGGGCAACCCGGCUGCCGUGGUGCUGGAGCUGAUGACGAUGGGGCAGCAGUCCGCGGCGCACCUCGGUGACCUGCUCCGGGCCGCGUCCCCGGCGUCGCCGCCGUGGGAGCACCAGGAGCUCACCGCGGAGAUCAUCCGCUGCUGCGGCCGCGUGGUCGCCGCACUCAGGGCCACCGACGGCAAGAAGAGGAAGGCGGUCGAGCGGGAGGACGCAGCAGCAUCAUGUUCUCGUCCUCUGGUGCCGCCGCCCAAAAGAAGGGCGCGCGGCGCAGAGCCGCUCAGAGAGGUGAGGAGCGGCACGAUGGUGGACGGCUUCAUCUGGAGGAAGUACGGGCAGAAGGACAUCAACGGCCGCAAGCACCCGAGGCUCUACUACCGGUGCGCGUACAGACACCAGGGGUGCACCGCGUCGCGGCGGGUGCAGCGGACGCAGGAGCCCGCGGCGUACGAGAUCGCCUAUUACGGGGAGCACACGUGCAGGGGCGCCGCCGCGUGCCAGGGAGGGGCACCACCGCCCACCGUCGUCGACUCCGGCUCCAACGCCUGGGGAUCAGUCGACGCAAACAGAGGCUCGCCUGCCUCGGAGCAGUGGUUCCGCGAUAGCGAGUUGUCGCUGGGAUGGUGGUCGCCGGCGUUGUCGGAGGUGGGGUUUGAGGCGCAGACGCACGAAUGGCACGGCACGGCCCGAGUGGAGGAGCCAAGCGCAACGCCUUGCUACGCUUCUGAUCCGGUGCUGGAGUUCUUGGACGGCUGCUUCGGCUGGGAAUCCGUCAUCCACGACCCCCUUCAGUAGCAUAGCAGCUCAGCUGGCCCAGCAUCCACGUGGAUGAUUUGCGCAGUAAAUUCUGUUACGUGUAAUCACCGUCGCAGCAGUCUGAUCUGGUUAGUGACUAGCGAGUGAGUGGCAACCUACGCGGGUCAGAGGCAGGCCUGCCCAUGAUGUUGCCAUGGAGCAGACCAAUUAGAAUUUGUUUCGUGAAAUUUUACCCUAAAAUUUUCAAAGCAGGUUAUCUCUAUCUGUAUUAAUUCUUGAAGUUAGAGUUAUAGACGGAUAGAAUAAGUGUUUUUAGUUGUGACAUCUUAUUUUUAUUUUAAUUAAAUAUAUAUUUAAUUUA